ACUACCUCUCAUCUUCGGAUUCCAGCAGUCUGAACCAGGCGAGGCCCGCAUCGCCGUGUUCAUUUCAGAUGUUUCUCUCACCUUAACACGUCCAGACCUGCACGGGUAGUGGUCUACCCGUUUCCCAAAUACGGCAAUCAGACAGAUAGCCUUGAUUCCAUCCCAUUUGUUCCUCUAAAAGACGUUGUUGAAAUUAGUCAUAUCAUUACGUUUCUUUAGACUUAUGCAUCACUGGCUGAAAUUCUGUGUCAUCUGCCACUCAUCACCCUUUUUCGAAUUUUAUCGUUAUAUCGCCUGAGACUUCAGUUGACUAUAUUUGACACACUUCUUCAAGGUGUGAAUUGGUGAACGCAGAGCAUUCAGAGAAUUCACUUAAAAUCAAACACCCUAACGAUGGCGAAAGUCAACGCUGGUCUCCAAGUGAUGAUCAUUUUGGGAGCGGUCAUUUUUGUUGGUGGACAUCAAUGCAAUCAACGCCAACAAAUCAUGCACGCAGCGGAAAAUCACGCUCUGCGAGGGUUUGCGUAUUGGCAAAACACUGUGCGAUCUCGUGUCGUCUGCAGACGGGAAUGCAGCAUGAACGCGCGUUGCAAGUCUUUCAACUUCAACGACUGCAACAAACUGUGCGAGUUGAACCUUGCCACAAGACGAGAGCAGCCUGGAGACUUCAUAGCCACCCACAGGAGUGUAUACUUUGACGCAGAUGAGGACUCACCCCUCUUCUCGUUCACUAAUAACUCCUUGAAGUACUCUGAAAGCUGCAAGAUGCUUUUAGACGCCGGCCAUCGUUCAAGCGGUGUCUACACUAUCUACCCAGGGGGGUACUAUGCUGAUUGCCUCCUUGUCUACUGUGAUAUGGACACCGAUGGCGGGGGCUGGAUUGUGUUCCAGAGGCGACAAGAUGGCAGCGUCGACUUCUACCGUAUCUGGACCGAGUAUCAGUCUGGCUUUGGUGAUCUUUCAGAACCAGUAAUUCACAUUCAUUGUGGCCGCGAGGUGGUGUGCUGCGGGCCAGGCGGUAAACUGCCGCCCAAACGGAUUGGCGUCACCGGCCUUUUGAAGCUAGACCGCUUGCCGACGUGGGCUGGCCCGACCGGGUAACAGUCUCAGAAGAAGAAGACGAGAUCGCCACAGUAUUUGUUUGUUCAUUUACGUCAUUGUUUUUGUUAUGACUUGGUCCGGGUGUUGCUCUUCAUGUCAUGUUCCUUUUCCAUGGUUCACACUCGUUGAAAUUUUAUUCCAGUUCUUUGCUCACGGGCUCUUUGCUCACUUUGUAUUGUUUCUUAAAAUACCGAGUAUUCAUAGUACGGGGUAUUUACAGUGUAUUUCAAGUGUGUAGCAGAUUAUUAUCGAACCUUUACAGAAAUAUGAGCAGAAACCUUUUAUCCUGAUAUAUCAUUCACGUCAAAGGACACGAUUUACAAGAUGCUACAUUCAUGCAGCU